UGCGCGCAGACUAUUCAGGAGACGUUCAUGUGUGGAGCAGGGACGCAGAGUGAGAGCCUAUACCUCUUGACUGAGCUGCUUUCUUUUUUAAACCCUCACAAGUAUGAAGACAGGUUGCAUCAGUUUACAACUUCCCAUGAUUGAGUCAGACAUUUUUUCUUGUGUCUUUUUUAAUCUAAGAUGAUACACUAAUCGAGACUUGUCUCGGAAUCUGCUGAGUGCGCUCACUGGAUGCUUCGGUCGAACAGGUGGCGCAAGCUCCGGUUCUCUUAAUUUGAUAAUAAGGGCAAGACGCAGGCACGUUAAGCAUUUAAUACCAGCCUUCAAGGUGGGAGAGGGACGAGCUGCGCAAUUUUUCCUCCCCUGUUAAAACGGGGCACUGGACAAGGGAGCUGUGAUGCCAGUUGCAGACAGCGACAUGGUAGUAGACAACAGCCACUGGUUGUAUGAGGGUAAAACCUCAAAUAGUGCCGGGAAUGACAGCACCAUCCCGGCCUCUCUAAGCAGUCCUGCGGCGGACAUCCUGAAGAACUUUUACCACACCAAACGGGUCGGGAACUACCUGAUCGGGAGGAAGCUGGGCGAAGGAUCGUUCGCCAAAGUUAGAGAAGGUCUCCAUGCGUUGACUGGGGAAAAGGUGGCAGUGAAGGUAAUUGACAAGCGGAAGGCCAAGAAGGACUCAUAUGUGACCAAGAACCUGCGGAGGGAGGGCCACAUCCAGCAGAUGAUCCGCCAUCCCAACAUCACACAGCUGCUGGACAUCCUGGAGACGGACAACAGCUACUACCUGGUGAUGGAGCUGUGUCCCGGCGGGAACCUCAUGAACUGUAUCUACGACAAGAAGCGUCUGGAAGAGCGGGAGACUCAGAAAUACAUCCGGCAGUUGGUGCUGGCCGUUGAGCACCUGCACAGGGCGGGAGUGGUGCACAGGGAUCUGAAGAUAGAAAACCUCCUGUUGGAUGAGCAGAACAACAUAAAGCUCAUAGAUUUUGGCCUCAGUAACUGCGCAGGCAUCUUGGGAUACUCCGACCCAUUCAGCACCCAGUGUGGAAGCCCCGCCUACGCCGCCCCAGAGCUGCUCUCCAGGAAGAAGUACGGGCCGAAGGUGGAUGUCUGGUCCAUUGGUGUGAACAUGUACGCGAUGUUGACUGGGAAUCUGCCGUUCACUGUGGAGCCCUUCAGUCUCCGAGCCCUGCACCAGAAGAUGGUGGACAAGGAGAUGAACCCUCUACCUCCCUCGCUCUCCUCAGCUGCUAUCUGUCUUCUGAAGAAGCUUCUUGAGCCCGAUCCCAACAAGCGUCCCAAUAUCCAUCAGGUGAUGGCCGAUUCCUGGCUACAGCUGGCCAACAAGAACACAGGAGCACCAUACCUCAACAGGAUUCACAUUGAGGAGAUAAACCACACGGUGUUGCUGCAUAUGACGGAGAAGAUGACCUACAAGCACAGCGAGGUGCUGAGCGCCGUCCUCACCAACCGCGCCUGCCACACUCUGGCCGUCUACUUCCUCCUCAACAAGAAAAUGAAGAGACUCUCUAAAGAGUACAGGGAGAUGCAGUUCCAAGAAAAAAAGAUAGGAGAGAAGCAGAAAAGCGAAUACUUCCAGACCCAGUGGAGGAAGCACGUCGACAAGCUCACCAUCCCCCCCAAGCAGACGCCCGUCUACCUGGCUGUGGCCAAGGGGCCCAGCAAGGAGAAGAAACACAGAACAGGUCUUUUGCGUGCCAUUACUGGUGGCCAUCGUAAUUCCCCUCUGGCGCCACCCGGCACCGUCGCCUCUUCUUCCAUGGAGUACCUAGAGAUCCAGCCUCUCUUUUCCAACACCCCUAAGCAGCGGAGGCGCUUGGCCACCCUCCCUCAAGUUAACACGAGCCCGGAACACAACAUUCCUGCCCCACCAGCACCGUCACCGAUCGGCAUGCAUUCCUUCGGCUCCCUCUCCAAAGCCGAGCAAAUUGAAGACACCCCGGCCUCGCCCUGGUACAAGCUGACCAACGGGACCCUGUCCCCGCCGCGCCACAUCUCCGCUUUCCAACCCGACUCUUCCUACUUGAAGAAGGCCACGAUCCCCAGCCCCCCUGUGCUCAUCGUCAACCCACAGCCCAAGAAGAGCAUCUCGUCCGAUUGGGGCGGUUCGUCCGACACCAGCGGCAGCCCUCCCAGCACGAUAGGAAGCCCCCCAGGCAGCUCGGCCUUCAGCCCCCCGAAGUCCGCCUUCAGCGCCCUCAACCCCACCUCGGCAUUCAGUCCUCCUUCCAGCAGCGGCAGCAGCGAACCCGACAGCCCGACACACCGCAGCAAGUUCCCGUCUAUGGGAAUCGGACAGAUUUUUAAGAAGAAGGUGCAGCUGCAGCCGUUCUCCUUCCGGCCGGAACAGGUCCUGGAGGAAGUGGUGUCCCCGCCGCCCUACCCCAUGCAAACUCUCCUCUGUGCUUCAGGUGCACUCAAGACUCUCUGCUGAGGGACACACGACGAAUAAAAAAUAAAAUAAGGAUAGACUGAACUCAAGGCCCCACUCAACAUUUUGUUUAAGUUGAAGAAGUCUUCCAGAGCGGCCUUUUGAACUGUCCCUUUAUUGUGACUGAGCCUCUUUUCAAGACAGACCAUUUAAAAAAAAUUAAAAAAAGAAGAAGAAGAAAACAAAAGGAGGUUUGAGUAAGAGUAUACAAUAUUGUGUCUCCAGUCACCGCUCUCAUUAUGUAAUAAGAGGUGGUGACGCUGAGAAGAUGAGAUUUGAAACAAUGACUAAACCUCGCUGUGGCCUAGAUGAAGACUGGACAUGGGACAUCAUGUAACACACACAUACACACACAAAACACUGUAUUAUAGACUGAGUCAAGAGGUAUUAUCUCAUGUAAUAUUGCUGUAACUGGUUACUAAUUGAGCCGCAGACUGAUUCACACCAGCUAACAGAUCCCAACUCUUACCCUGACCCUGAUUACAUGUAUAAAUGUUUUGUCUGUCUGAAAAAAACUCUCUAUAAGAUACCCACUGACUUCCAGCCGGCUGGCACUGUAUCAAUGCUGAACUGGAUGGAGAAGCUCACUGCACUAUUCUUUAAAAAAAAAAAAAAAAACUAGUAAAAAAGGUGUUUAGCAUCUUUUACCUCACUGCAUUAUUCAUACGUAACUGUGUAACAGCAGUCGACUGUGACAUGCUUGUGUGGAUUUUUGCCACAGUGGUGCAGUGUCUGAGCGUUGAGUGCCAUUAGAUUUGAAACAAUAGAAGUAGGUAUCGCAAGAAGAGUCAUAUUCACUUUUUUUAUAGGGUUCUCAUAAACCACCACGGAUAAUAAUUCACAGCUAUAACUUUUUAUAUACAAGUGUUACAUCACGACCCACAGGGGAACUGUCAAAAGUCUUAGUUUUGACUUCCUUAGAGCCUGUUCAUAGUCUGUUUUGGAGAAGAAGAAAAUAGAGCAUCAAAAGCCUUAUGAAACUUAUGAACCUCACAAAAGGCAAGGUGGGAGGAUCACGUAACAUCUCUGAAAAUAAGUCACUUCCUUUUGUCUUAAUGCUGUAGUCUGUGUCUUAAGUGUUAACUGCAAUGACGAGUAUUUGCCAAGAGCUCUCUGAGAGUGAUGUGAAAAUUGUGCUUGUAAAUAACUGACUCCUGUGUUUUUCGGCCACUGUCUGCCGUCCUGUACGAAGCGAUCGUAAAAUGUUGGUCGAACGGACACUUUGGCCGCUCCGUCAAAGUAUUUGACGGAGAAGGUUUCCACGGGGAGCGUGAGCCUUCUCACUGUUAAGAUACUAUCGAAUCUCUUCCUGUCCAAAUGAAAAAGUUGCAUGCAAUACUUCACGAGUCCAACUGUAAACUGUCAACAUUUGAAAUGAUGUCUUUGUACCUUUGUUUUCUGGUUGAUACUGAGAUUGAUACAGACUCGAGAUGCGAGGGAGAGGGGGGGGGUCUUUUGUAAGAUUUUGUAAUGGAUGGUUUUGUUUAAGUGUCAAGAGAUUUCUAUGCUGUAUAAAGUAUUUUAAAUAUUUAUACUGAA